UUCACUUUCUGAGGAAGCAGUGUGCUUUAUUUCAUCAAAGGAGGACAAGAUGUACAUAACGUCCAACAGCAACAGCAGCUCCGUCCCUGUAGACAGCUACAUAACAUUCCUGCUGCUGGUCAGUGAUUCCAUCUCCUCCACAUCAGUGGACAUCGGUGGACAAGACUCCUGCAUCCCCGUCCUUCAGACUCUCACACCAUCAGCCAGAAGUAGCUUCCCUCUCUCCACCUUUCUACUGUCUCCAUCCACAGAGGGACUGAAAUAUGCCUUGUUUGGGAGGCACUUGGGAAGUCAUGGCAACUUGAUCAUCAAUGCAUCAACAACUAGCCCCACACCCAGUCAGUCUUUAACAUCACUGGAUGUAGCGUAUGAGAAGAUGGAGGUUGGCCAGUGUACUAAUGACACCAUUGUGAAUGGAACAUCCAGGAGUAUUCAAGGUGCUCCUGUGUACUUUAGAAGCCGUGAUUUGUACUUGAGUCUGACCAGUACAGUUUCCUGUGUGUUAACCUCCCAGAACUACAACUGGACAGUGAUGUCUUACAAAGAGGAAGAUACCAGUAUGUGUUAUAGAGAGGAAGAUUUUGAAGAUGUCACCUUGGAUGUUGGCAGUUUGACCAGUGAAGUUCUUCACAUCUCUGCAGGGUCUUUACCUAAGGGUUACUACAGAAUAGGUGUGACCUUUGAAAAUCAUGACUCCCAUUCUUCUGUUGGCACCAGAACUCUUUAUGGUUUUCUCCAGGUUGUGAAUGAGCCCCUGAUUGUGGUGAUGUCCCCCAGCGUCACACAUCUGGUCCAUGACAGAAAUCUCCCUCUUGUCCUCAAUGCCAGUGCCAGCUACAACCCCAAUGUUGGCCUUCACACUACAAUCAGGUUUUCAUGGCAUUGCCAAAUGGAUGGUCAGCCCUGUGACUGUGUGCCUAGGAUGUGGCCUGGUGUUGGAAAUGACACUGAAAUAAUUCCUCACACUGACCCUGUACUGAGGAUUGAGGGCCGACAUUUGACUGUAGGUCAGAAUUACUCCUUCACUGUGACCCUAGACUCAGACAAUGUGACUGGCAGCAACCACACUGUCUUGGUGACGGCCACUGGUGUUGUCAGCCUGCAACUGGAAAUCAACUGUUCAUCAGUGGGUGUUUCUGCAGAGUCUGUGACACUGACAGUAACCUGCUCUAACUGUGAUGGACUGGGCAGUGUCAGCUACACGUGGGCCAUACACAAAGAUCAAGUGGGGGCGCUGCCUCCUCAGCUUUGGGAGGGUCAUGCUGUGUUGAACAGUGACAAGUUAACACUGACUUUACCUGGAUACUUCUUCAACCCAUUUGAGGUCUACAACAUCAGUGUCACAGCCAUAACCAACGCUUCAGCUGUGGGUUCUGCUUUCCACGUGAUACCAGCCAGAGAGGACAAGAUGUACAUAACGUCCAACAGCAACAGCAGCUCCGUCCCUGUAGACAGCUACAUAACAUUCCUGCUGCUGGUCAGUGAUUCCAUCUCCUCCACAUCAGUGGACAUCGGUGGACAAGACUCCUGCAUCCCCGUCCUUCAGACUCUCACACCAUCAGCCAGAAGUAGCUUCCCUCUCUCCACCUUUCUACUGUCUCCAUCCACAGAGGGACUGAAAUAUGCCUUGUUUGGGAGGCACUUGGGAAGUCAUGGCAACUUGAUCAUCAAUGCAUCAACAGCUAGCCCCACACCCAGUCAGUCUUUAACAUCACUGGAUGUAGUGUAUGAGAAGAUGGAGGUUGGCCAGUGUACUAAUGACACCAUUGUGAAUGGAACAUCCAGGAGUAUUCAAGGUGCUCCUGUGUACUUUAGAAGCCGUGAUUUGUACUUGAGUCUGACCAGUACAGUUUCCUGUGUGUUAACCUCCCAGAACUACAACUGGACAGUGAUGUCUUACAAAGAGGAAGAUACCAGUAUGUGUUAUAGAGAGGAAGAUUUUGAAGAUGUCACCUUGGUUGUUGGCAGUUUGACCAGUGAGGUUCUUCACAUCUCUGCAGGGUCUUUACCUCAGGGUUACUACAGAAUAGGUGUGACCUUUGAAAAUCAUGACUCCCAUUCUUCUGUUGGCACCAGAACUCUUUAUGUGAGUAAUUUUUCUCAUUACUACAUGCAUGUUGCUUUCUGUUUUGUGUAG